GACGAACAACUUUGGCAGCGAGCAGUGGGCAUUUGAAGCUGGAGCAGUAAUAAUAAAAUAGACUACCGUUUCGAAUCGUGUCUCUUCCUCCGCAUGUGUGCAUUAGUGUGUGUAUGUGAUAGAGUGUGUUUUUGAAGUGGCGGCAAUGUGCAAAAAUAAAAAAGCUUAAUAUAUUUAAUUUCUAUAUAAAUACACACACAUACCAAAAAGAAACUAAAGCCAAAUCAAAACGGCACGAACGGAAAUUCAAAAGUGCUAGGCAAAGUGUAGCAUGUAUGUGAGAGAGAAGAGAGAGUGAAUGAGAUAGCAACAACUGCAUGAAAGGCAGUAGCAGUGUGGCAACAAUAACAACAAAGAGUGACAUCACGCCAAGUCAAUUACAUUGUUGUUGUUCCGUGACUCGCAGGAACAAAGUGCGAAAACGCAACUAAAGUAAAAUACAUAAGCUACAUACAUUUGUACAUACAUAUGUAUAUGUAUGUUUGUAUGUAAGUACAUACAAGUGUAAGCGAGAGCCAAAACGAGACAACAGCCGGCUGCGGAACAUACGAGAAGGGACGCACGUCGAUAACGGCGACGACAAAAGUGCCACUGCUACCACAACUACUACGUCAGCUACGCGGCACGAGACGACGCAGCUCAAGGUUAACUUCGCCUGCAUUGCGUGCAACAAAACAAUAACAACACUAGCAACCGCAGCACCAACUCCAACAACGACACGUUGAGACUUUGACAUUUUCAUCGCCAAAGUUUCAAAAUUCAAAAAAAAGAUAAUUUUUCUCAAAACAAAACUCAAUUUUUGAUUGAACGUAACACGUUACGUGUGUGCUUAGGGCCUCCAACACACACACACACGCACAGAGUGACGCACGCAGGCAGCAGGCAGGCGGAAAGGCAAAUAUUACGUAGCCAGCCACCCAAAGUGUGAGAAGAAGUGUGACCAGAGCAAACAUGAAGCCAACUGUGAUAGCAAAUGCUAAUGCAACAGCUCAGGCUGGUUCUGGAGCCGGACCCGGAACUGGAGCAUCCACUGGCCAUGCUGCUGGCGUCCACAUACCGAUCAAUCGCGAGUAUGGCACUGCUCCCCCUCAACAGCAGGGCCAACAAUAUCCGCACCAGCAGUCCCCUUAUGUGGAUGGUAACACCGGCUAUGGCUCUCCGAGGCAGCAGCAGAUGCCGCAGCCGCAAUCGCAUCACCAGCCGCAAUUUUUUCAGUCGGCUUUUGGGCUUGAACCCGAUAUGGAUAUGGACAAUAUGUUCCCACGCACGCGUCUAGGACGCUUGCACCACGAUCCCUUCGCUGGUUUUGGAGGCUCACGUAAGCGGAAUAGUUUGCAUGAACCGCACUCAUUGCAUGCUGAUGAUGAUUUCUCUUUAUUCGACGACGCUGCAGACUUUGGUUUUCCACAAUUCUCCACAUUGGGGCGGCGCGGACGCGCCGCGGGUGGUGCCAACAAUCAAAUGGACAAUGAUGACGACUUCUUUAAUAGACUGCCAUCGGACUUCCGGCAAUAUAUACCUGAUGGCUUUGGUGCACGUCGCGGGGGUGGCGGAGCCACUCAUUCACAACAUGGUGGCAUUCCACAGCAGCACCAGCAGCAGCCGGUACCCCAACAGCAGCAGGAGACACCAUACUAUCUUCCCGAUUAUCUGCCGCAGCAUCAACAGCAACCCCAGCAGAUGCCGCAAUCCCCUUCCAAGCGGCUGUGCGAUGCAGCUAUUCAAACUGAAGAUCCUGCCGGUCGCUCUGAAGUCGAUUGCGCACCAUCGGGCACGCGUAACGAUAAUAAUUUGAACCAACAUGGACUGCGCAAUACCAUGGACAUGGGUGUAAAGAGUGCAGCGGAGCAGGAAUUGGCCGCUCGAGCUCAUUCCGCACCACCAAAUGAGCAGCAACAACAGCAGCGCCCACCGCCCAAUGCGUCGCAGCAGCAAUUUGGUACCCAGACCAGUCCACAGGUCCAACAAGGCAACUAUUCGCCAGCUGCUGGUCAAUACCAACAGCACUCCAUACCGUCAAUACCGCCACUUCACAAGGCAUACUAUGCGCCUCAACAGCAGGCGCAUCCGCAGCAGAAGCAGCAGACGCCGCCGCCUCCUCAGACGCCCAACGGCACCUAUGUGCGCACCAUACCCAUUUUCGUCGAAGGCCGCACCGAACCGAUUAUAAAUGCGCAUAAGGAGAUACCCAAUCAAUACGCAGCGCCCGGAGCUCCGUCAUCUACUCAGGCCUCAGCCCAGGCUCGGGCCUAUGCUCCCCAGCAACAACAGCAACAUCAACAACAACACCAGCAACGUCCCACGCCACUCAAUACUCAACACACACAACAACAGCCGCCGCCACCAGAGCAGGCAGAGGCAGAUGGAGGUGCCGGCCUACCUCCCCAGACACCACACACCCUAGACUCCAUCAAUAAGAUUCAGGAUAUACAGCGCGAUGUGCUCGACCUAAUGGGCAAAGUGGAGAAGUUCCAGGGCACGCGCCAGGACAAGGAAUACGUUUAUCUGGACGAGAUGCUGACGCGCAAUCUACUUAAGCUGGACACCAUUGACACAAAUGGCAAGGAUAGCAUACGUUUGGCUCGCAAGGAGGCCAUCAAAUGCAUACAAGCUUCCAUCAAUGUUCUGGAGGCCAAGGCAGAGGAGAAUGCGCGCCGGACAGCGGGUGCUGACGUCAGCGUGCCAGAGAGAGCAGCGGCUAGUGUGGCGGCAGAUGCUUCAGCAUCACAAGCAACUGACCCUCAAACACCACAGCCGGCAGAUGCUACACAAAUCCAACAGCCCAUACCCCUGCCAGCACCAGAGCCCAAGACGGAUGCCGCUGCGUCUGUGACGGCAGCGGAAAGGACAAACAAUGAAUCGACAACAACAGCUGCCAGUGUGGAAGCUGCUUCCGCAGAAAGCACUGCACAGACGACCACGUUAGAGGAAUCGUCGAAAUGAUGAAGCCAGAGUCGCUAUACGGCGACCAUUUCGAAACAGUUACGCAAAAUUACCAAAUUCAAAUAAGAUGAGGGAUACGUGGUGGAUAUAGGGGCGCGUAAAUUAUUUUGGACAUAUUUUGAUUAAAUUGAAUGAAGCUGAUGUAAGGCGAUGAUGAGGAUGUAAUUAUUAUUCGUAAAUCUUUGCUAGUAUUUCGUAAAUACGUAUAUAAGCAUGCAUGCAAAUCUCAUGUGACAUAACAAAACAUACACAGCAACAAAAACAUUACGCUCUAGUUGUUAAGAGAACAGUUGACAAACAAACAAGAAAGUGCCUCAAGAAACGCAAGAAAACAAAAAAUGAAAUUAGAUCUACCAUCGAAAUUAGAACGCGAUCAUAAAAUUUUCUUUGAAAAACUAUAUAUAUACAUACAUAUUAUAUUAAAUAAAAAAAAAUCAAAUUUCUAUAAAUGGACUCAAACGAGCUGAUUAAAUUUAAGCGAGCAGCAUAUGUAUUUGACAAACUGAAUAAUAUUUUUUUGAUAGCAGAGCAGCGCGGCCUCAAAAUUUAAACUUCUAAUACAGUGUGUUGUAGCAUUGCCAGAUUAAAAUGAAAUGUUAGUUAAGCUCCAAAGUUAUUGAGCUUGAACCGCCUUGUGCCUGAUUUAACGCACACUUUUAAAGUCGUGUUUCGAAAACGUUUUUCCAAGUGCCAACUGCUGGUAAAUUACAAUUGUAAACAAUAGCGUGUUGUAUGAUCUCAUACGUACUAUUACAGCAACUAAACGCGCUAUUUUUUUAACAAUUGCCUGCAAAUGGUGUGGCAAAAGAAAUGGUGAAAUAAGACGGUCUGCUUCUGCUCUGUCUCCUGCUACUUAUUAGUGUUGAAAAAACCGUUAUUAAAAUUUAAACAAAAUAUAAUUAUUUAUGCAACUAAUUAAUUGAAUAAAUGUAGAUAUUGUUGACUAUAA